AUGCCCACGUGCAAAACAGACUGCGUUGAAAAACCUUUAUCAAAAGUCUUUGGAAAAUUCGGAUGGGUUAUUGGCAAAUAUCCAUGGCCCUUCUUUAUUUUCCCGCUAAUUAUAUCUGCAGGUCUGGGUGCAGGAUUUUACUUUCUAGAAGACAGGGAGUCGAACGGUAUCGAAGAUCAGUUCACACCAAAAAAUGGUCCGGCCAAGACAGAGAGACAAUUUGUCAAAGAAUAUUUCCCGCAAACGGAUGAGUUUUCAAGUCUGAGGCUGUACACCGAUGGCACCUAUGCAUCGAUUAUUGCGGUGAGGUCAACAAACAUUCUCACUGAAGAAGCGCUCCAGGAGAUACUCGAUUUAGAUCGUCAAGUUAGAGAGCUCAAAACAGAUGGACAGCGCCCCUUCACUUUCUCUGAUUUGUGCGCAAAGAUGAAUGGAAGUUGCGUCUCCAAUCGCAUAUUAGACAUCAUGAAGUCCUCGAUUCGUGAUGGCAGCCCAAUAAGUUACCCGCUUUACAAAAACGGAACUAGUGGUCCUACAGAAUUCAUAGGAUCAGCUAUCGGUGAUGUGAGUCAGGAUUCCGCCAAAAACAUAGAGAAAGCCCGUGCCAUCAGACUUUUCUAUUACUUAGAAGACAGCAGGAAGACUGAAACUGACGUUUGGCUAAAGAAGUUCAUUGACACCUUCCCAGAGGACAAAACUCCUAGAACGAUCUCUAUUUCGUACUUCACUUCAAUUUCAAGAGAGGAGGAGUUUGACACCAAUUCCAAGACGGUCAUCCCACUCUUUUCUGUCACAUACUUCUUGGCCAUCACUGUCUCAAUAGUUUCCUGUUUGAGGCUGGACUGUGUGCGUAACAAGGUGUGGGUGGCCACCUUUGGGGUGCUGUCUGCUGGCCUGGCCGUGCUCUCCAGCUUUGGACUUCUGCUCUUCUGUGGCAUGCCAUUUGUGAUGACUGUGGCAACAGCUCCCUUUCUUAUUCUUGGUGUUGGUGUGGACGACAUGUUCAUCAUGAUCUCAGCCUGGCAGAAGACAAAAGUGAAGGACAACGUUGAAGAUCGGAUGGAAGAGACGUACAAGGAGGCUGCCGUCUCCAUCACCAUCACCACCCUGACUAAUGUCCUGGCCUUCUAUAUCGGCCUCAUGACAGACUUCGGGUCUGUGCAGUCCUUCUGUAUGUACACGGGCACUGCCCUCCUCUUCUGCUACUUCUACAGCAUCACAUUCUUUGGGGCCUUCAUGGCCUUCAAUGGUCGACGAGAGAAAAGCAACAGACACUUUUUCACAUGCCGGAUUGUUGACCUUCCAGAUGCUAACAAUACAGCCAACGCUUGCUCAGUAGGAGGGGCAUACGAUCCUACGACGGGUACGGAGGAGGACCUGCCAAUGAAUAACUUUUUCAAAAAUCAUUAUGGGCCAUUUAUAACAAAACCCUGGACAAAGGUGUUUGUUGUCCUCAUCUACGCAGGGUAUUUGGCUGGUAGCAUAUAUGGCUGUUUUCAAAUGCAGGAGGGCAUUGAGCUGAAAAAUCUAGCGCCUGAUGAUUCAUAUGUUGCUAGUUACUAUGACAAUGAAAAUGCCUAUUUCACAGAGUACGGGCCCUUUGUCAUGUUGGUUAUUAGAAAUCAAAGCUUUCAGUACUGGGAGCAAAGUGCCCGUGACAGCCUUAGUGUGUGCCUGAAAGAAUUUGAAUCAUCUGAGAUGGUUGCCAAAAACAUGAUCAUAUCUUGGCUUGAGUCUUAUGAGUUAUAUGGAAAUUUAAGUGGCCUCAAUCUAAACAGUGAAAAUGUGUUUAUGAAGAACGUAUCCGAAUUUCUUACUAAAGCAGGUUUCAGUCAGGAUGUAAACAUUACUGACGGCAAAAUACUGGCUUCUAGAUUGUUCAUUCCCACUGUGAACAUCAGUUCAGCAACUGAUGAAAAAGACAUGUUGAACUUCUUCAGGGAGACAGCUGUAGGCCUAACCUGUAAAGACCUUGACGCGUUAGUCUACCACCCUGCUUUCAUUUAUUAUGACCAAUAUGCAGUCAUAGUCAGCAACACGAUACAAAAUAUUGCAGUUGCAACCGUAGUUAUGCUUGUUAUAUCUCUUCUGUUGAUCCCAAGUCCUCUGUCCUCUCUGUGGGUGACAUUUGCCAUUGCUUCAGUUAUAGUAGGUGUGGCUGGUUUCAUGGCUCUGUGGGGUGUCAAUCUAGACUCCAUCUCAAUGAUCAACCUGGUCAUCUGCAUUGGCUUUUCUGUGGAUUUCUCGGCACACAUCUCCUAUGCCUUUGUGUCAAGCAACGAAAGAACGGCCAACAAAAAAGCUGUUGAUGCCGUCUACAAUCUCGGCUAUCCAAUUGUGCAAGGAGCCAUCUCUACCAUUGCUGGUGUUGUUGUCCUUUCGGCAGCCAAGAGUUACAUCUUCAGGACGUUCUUCAAGAUCAUGUUCCUGGUCAUCACGUUUGGUGCGUUCCACGGCAUUGUGUUCAUCCCUGUGUUCCUAACAUUCUUUGGCUGCUGCAGUGACUCAAAGAAUGCCGUUGAUGACAAAGUCCAAAGCCCCCAAAUACAAAGUAGCCUUAAAUCUCUGCAAAAUGCCUUGCCAAUGUAUGCAAAUAUGAUGCAUAGUCCAAAAAGUCCUAAAAGCAUCCAGGGUCAUCCAAACGUUAGCUUUGAUCCUGAUUGCCCCUAAACUUAUGUAGAUGCACUGAAGACCGAUAGCUGCAAAAGCAAAACAUGAUAGGUACAGGGUGAAGGGUUACAUACAUGCUUUUCAACACACACUUUCCAAGUUACAAUGUACAGAGUAAAUUUUACAGUGUUACUUCAACACGUAGAGAGUACUGUGGUAAUCGAAUUUACUCAAGAAAAUUAAAAUAUACUCUCUAAGUGUUGAAGUAGGACUGCAGACUUUGUAUUCCAAGUUAUACAUGUCGUCUGACUAAUAUUUAUUAUUCUCUGUAACUGCUACUUGCAUUUGUCUACAUUGCUUAUGUAUUUUGUUUUUUAGAUGGAUACAUUUGUACAUUAAAGUUGUGAAACUUUGAAUAUUCACUGUUAUUGUUCUGUGUAGCUUUUAUUAUUAUUAUUAGAUUUUACUAUUUACAGAGUAUAGCUUUAACAUGUCAGAACUGCUGGGCCCUCCUGUGGCAGUAAUGACAUGAAAGGGAGACG